UUCCAAUAGCAUCCUAUGAUAUACCAUUAUUUCUUUCUGCCCCUCCUCUGAAUCUGAGACCAAAAGCCUUCUUACAAAGUUAGCACAGUACAACCUUCGAGGCUUUGGAUUUAUAAGAUACAGUGAUAAUGAGAAAGCAAAUUUUGAAUUGUAUUCAUACAAUGUAAUCUAGGUACAAGAGGGAGUGUCUGCGUCAUGGUUUCACCCAACCGUCAACGCUACAUAGUAGCAACCUCUCCGAAGAGUGGGGGGUACGGAAGAUACAGGAAUAUGACGCCGCAACAUUAUCCUACUCGAGCCCUCGUCUCCUACAACGAGUCAACACAGUUAAGUGAACUCAGGUGCAGGAGACAUACGAGGGCGAGCCAGAAACGAUGCUCGUUCUGGUGAGCAUCCCGAAAGAUACCUCGCUCCAUCAACCUGAAAUACACAACGUUCAACAGGGAAGUAAAUCUCUGCGCCGUGGGGCCAACGCUUCAAUCGGUUGAAUGGACACU